AUGUAAUGUUAGCCUACUACUCUUUGGCCGGCUCGCAAGCCCAAACAAGUGUGUGCGGUGUGCCUGUUGUUUUAUUUCCGGUCUACCUAGAUCCGGUGUGGUGUUGUAGUUUUUCUAACGUUACAAGCGUUACACCUAAAUUGACGCCGUUAAAAUAGGUUUGCGUUAAUGCUGUUAAUAACGCGUGUACUGUAGCAAAGAAGGGACUGAUGGCUCUCAGUAAAGAUCGUCAAUCUGCUGCCCCGACUGGUGACAUUAAGAAGAAAUACCAAAGUGGCUGAUGCAUUCCCAUGUAUGGCAUUGGAAGAUUUUGACAGGGAUGAACUGGGGGUAUUGAUGUCCCCUCCCUCCACUUUACAGCAGCAGGUGCCGGAGAUGGAUGGUAACUCAGAGGGCGACAACACCAGUGCAGACAGCUUGACCAUCAACAGUGGGCCAGAGCGCAAUGGACAAAGUGGGGAAGCAUUCCUGGAUGGUAAGGAUGCUCACUCCGUCCUCAAGCGUUUCCCGCGAGCCAAUGGCUUCCUGGAGGAGUUGAGACAGGGGAACAUUGAGAGGGAAUGUGGUGAGGAGAGCUGCAGCUUCGAAGAGGCAAAUGAAGUGUUUGAGAACAAAGAGAGAACGAUGGAGUUUUGGAAAACUCGUAGCAUUUACACAGUGAGCAGCAACAGCGAGGGGCGCUCUGAGCGUGCCGACACUGUCUACAUGGUGGUUCCUCUGCUGGGCGUUGCCCUGUUAAUAAUCAUCGGCCUCUUCCUCCUUUGGAGGUGCCAGCUUCAGAAGGCUACUCGUCGUCGCCCUGCCUACACCCAGAACCGCUACCUGGCCAACAACCGCAUGCCACGCAUUCUGGUUCACCGGGAAGUGCACACUGAAAGCUUGCAGCAGGACUCCAGCUCACGGCCCACUGUGGUAGUGAGUGGUGCUGAGAGAAGAGGAGUUUCCCAGUCGGACUCCCAUGGCCUCAACCAGCAGAACACUUGUGCCCUCUAUGUCCAGGACUCGUCCCAGUCUGUGGCCUCACGGCUCUCCGGUGCUACACCGCCUCCAUCUUAUGAAGAGGUGACAGGACACCUGGAAAGCAGUGGUGAUGAGACUUCAGCACCUUCAUACAGCGACCCUCCACCCAAAUAUGAGGAGAUCAUAAAGAAGAUAUAAGACAAAGGAAAAAAUAAUUCUGCCAUGGUUGCUGCUUCUGUGUCUGAAGGAGGUCAAAGCUGGCAUAAGAGCAGUUACUGCCUCAGUUGGUGCUGCUGGUUACUGAAACUCAUGUUGUAUUUACCAUAUUUCUGCACUGAGCAAUACCUUUGAUUCACCCAUGGGUACAACCUAAAGCCAGUCCCCCCAUGAUUAUAUGUGCUACCCAGGAUUAUAGAUGCAGUUUAGCUUAACGCAUUAUGUAAUAACACAGCAUUCUGUAAUAAAUAGAAAUAAAUGUAAAACAUUUUCACUUCACUAUGUAAUAACAACCCCAUUUUGUAACAAUCGCUGCACUUUGCCUAAACUCAACGUAGUAAAUGUCCCCGUAUUUUGUUAUAAAUUAUUACUUAUUGCAGUGUUUAUUACAAAAAUGUGGGAGAUGACGUCUUGAAGUAGCGUGGGAUCAUGAGAGUUGUUGUCUUAACUGUUAAACAACCACCUAUGAAAACCUAUUUGACAUGACUCGAGCAGAAAUAACGUUCCCAGACAAGUUCAUUUAUUAGUCAUGUUUAGUCACGCUUAUUCACGAUGUCAUUUCAUUCAAACAAAAUAGCCGAAAAGUAAUGUUCUGUAACGUAGCAUUAACUUGAUAACUUGCCAUUAUAUGAGUCGACUAACGUUAAAAGCAUUUUUAAGUCGUGAUUCAAAGUUUCGAGUGUUAAACUACUUUUAGGAUGGACAGUGAGUCUGUUCCAGAGAUGCGCAACAUAGUGACUAAAGGUUGCUUCACUAAGUUUAGCUCUGUCACUGGGCUCCACUAGCAGCCCACUCCCACUUGACCUGAGAGGCCUGGCAUCAGUACUCCUUGUUUUUUGGUCCCACUCCAUUCAUUGAUUUAUAAGCGUUGCCUCAUAUUCUAUAUAUAUAACAGGAAGCCAGUAGUGGCUUAAGAAUCGAGCUGCAGCUAUCUAUUAUUUUAGAAGUCAAGUUUUUUUUUCAAUUAUUCCAUCGAUAAAUAGAGUAAUUGCAUAACCCUUCAUGCGAUUACUUCAGGUAGAUAGAUUUGGUCUUAUUUUGCUUUGGCAAACUGAACGGCAGAGGUGCAAUGAGGUACAUGGAGAGGAUUUGGCUAGCAGGACGCUCACCAAUCCUUCUGUGGUCCUUGUAGCAGGUUUCUGUACACAACAUGGGGCAGGCAGCACUGUGGGGAAAAGAGCUGGGCUCUACACUUGCUCAACAGUCACUGUGACUGUAAGGUUUUCUUGCCAACGGACUGCCGCUGUUUCUUAUCUGUCAUUGUGCAUAUAAUAUGACUCUCUGUAAACUGUACAUACUAGUCAAUAGUGGAAGUAUUGGGACUCCAAGCCAAUAUUGUUUAGUUGUUCCAGUCUCUCCAUUGUUAGGAUUUGCAGCUUUACGCUGUUUUAUAUCUUUGUAAAUUGAAUACCUUUGGGUUUUGAACGGUUGGCGUCAUAGAAUAAUUCAUAAUGAAAAUAACCAAUGGUUGCAAGGCAAACAUAAAUAAAUCAUUCUGCCCUCCAAAGCUAUAUUAACCUGACGCACAAGAUGGUUUGUUACCCAAAAUCAUCUGAGAAGCCGUCAUUGGAAACUUUUUAGAAAAGGGCAGGCACUUUAAAAACUAAAAUGCCUGGCAGAUGAUUGGAUAAACCAUCUGUCUAUCAAACACUUGCAGAAGCCAGUCGAGAGAAAAGCGUAAACAUCUUUUCCAUCAAGAAAAGCCUUCAGUGCCGUUCUUUACUCUUCUUUCUAUAAAUAAAUACUCUCCCGUUCUGAUAUAACUGAUGCAAUUGCAGCAUGUACACUAACCUUUUUAGCCACUAUUGUUAUUUUGAACGAACACUCGUGCAGAUGCACUCAUACACAAUCAUGAGCACAUUCAGCUCUCAAUGAGUCAGUAUGCACCUAAGUGCUAGAACUGUGCUUGCCUCAGUCCUACUAUUAUACACCAACUUUGUUUGUAGUUGUUAUAUUUUACACAGUGCGGUGGGUGUAACAGUAUAGUUUUGUGGACACUAUACAAUCAAAGUAAAUAGUAAUUCUUACAAAGUUUGGAGACAUGGAUUCACCAUCACUGGAAAAGCUGACAGAUGUUUAGAGCUGCAUGGGGUAAACUUCACAAUUUGUCGGCUCUGUCUAUUUCAAGCUUUAAAUGUUUGAAGGACUCAUUUAUAUGAUAAAUCUUAUAACAUGAUGAAUGAACUGAUGAAAAGGUUCAGCCAAUGUCAGUCAUGUUUCCAUCUCAAGCAAAUUUUGAGCAAACUUUUAAAAUGUCGCAAUAAAGAAGAAAAAUGCGACAAAGAAGCAUUUCCAUCAACUGGUUUAGAGUGACUAAACUAGACUACGCAAAGCGUAAUUUCGUGACAAGUUGACAAUACGCAUGGUUGUAGAUUGCAAACCGGCUUGCUAAAUCAAAGGGUUUAGAAGCUAAGUUCUUUGUGUAAAUGGAGGUAGCAUUGUACAAGUUGGCCAGCUGUGCAGAAUACAGGGUUGUGGCAGAGACAUUUGGUGUCAGCAAGACAAUCGUUCACCGCUGUGUAUACGCACACAGAGCCAUACGAUUCAAGCUGUUGAACCAAUUUGUCAAUUUAGCAACUCCACUACUUAUCUUGUGCCCAGUGGCGUAACAAGCCAACACCGGGCCCCUAUGCAGGAUUAUCAAGGCGGGCCCCCCUACUAUAGCUCUUGAUGACGGCGCA